UACGUGUGUAAUAACAUGACGUUGAAUGAUGUGGUAGCCAAUCAUUGAUAGAUUCAUUAUGCCAAUAAAUUCACUAGUUUGUGUCCUGUAACCAGAGAUUAUGUACAACAUGCCAUACUGUGUGAGACUAACCUGGAACGGUUGCCCUCAUUCAACAUGGCGACUGCUUAGCGUCAUCACAGUGAAGCCAUUUUGCCAGCACUAGCUUUGACCUAUGAACCCCCAGAGUGUGGCAGCGCACCGCCAUAUUGACUGUUGUCUUGACUGGAGAAGAUAGGGAAACAUUUGUGAUCCUAGAACAAAUAGAAACCGUGCUUUUAAACAUCUCUAAACUAGUGCAACCGUGACCAAAGGAUAUAUCGGAUAUCUGCGUGAUGGCGAGGAAGAAAAGCAAACAACAAGGAGUCGCGAGCAAGGAGUUAGUGUCCGGACAACAGAGCAUAUCGAAGAGCCCCGUCUCUCCCGGAGAUGCAGCUGGCGGGGAUGCAGGGCUGGAUAGACUGGCGGCCAGGGCGAAUCAGCCGAGGCACACCUGCUGCCUCCUGUGUCACCGUGAGUUUAAGGACUGGGGGGCGAGCUCUGCCAACGGUCUGCCUGGGGGCCACGGGGCGAAGCUAUCUGACGCUGUCCCAGCCCUGUCCCAGGCCCUGCUCCGAGAGGUGCCGGGUCAGAAGCUGUCCGACACCGUGCCUUCGCUGAGCCAGUCUCUACUGGGAGAGGUUCCGCUCUGGAUCUGCCAGAGCUGCCGGAAGAGUGUUGAGGAAGAGGAGAGACAGAGCACCCAGGAAACGCCUGCACCGGUUCCGUUGUCCCACUCGUCGUUGUGUAAGGCUCAGAGUUGUGGGAAUGGUUACCCAGAGCAGAGCUCGGUAGACUGGGACCCAUCCUCCUUCCUCUCGGCCCACAAGCUUUCUGGUCUCUGGAACUCGGCUCACAGCAACGGAGGGAUCCACUGCAACCACAGCACUGCCUCGCACGCACAGCAAGGAACAGGGGGACCAGCGUGUCAUGAGAAGCGAGGCUCUCAUGAGGCUCCUGGGAAAUCUGCUAAAACGCCUGGGGCCAAAGUGUGCCCCUACAGUCACCCUUCCCAGAAUUCCAGUGGUUCUUCCCCCGGGAACCCGCUCUCUACCUCCGGGGACCUCUGUAAGACCACCCCAAAGCACUUCAAGACCAUGUGCCGACGACCAACACCGCCUGGGGAAUCAUUCCACCCCAGCGACCACCACCAACACUCAGACCUGUCUGUCCCCCCCAACAGCCCCACUGGCCUCUCCUCCUCCUCUCAGCAGUCCUCUCUCCUGCCCCUCCAGCAGAGCUCCGGAGGGCAGCAGUACGGCCAUGUCACAUCCUCCUCCUCUCCCGGUCUAGCUGCUCACGCCCCCUUCUCCCCGCUGGUACCAAACCUCCACGUCCCCGCGGCAGGGGCCAAGCUGGGGGCCCUGGGUGGCCCUGACUGCUCAGCAGGGGCCAAGCUGGGGGCCCUGGGUGGCCCUGACUGCUCAGCAGGGGCCAAGCUGGGGGCCCUGGGUGGCCCUGACUGCCCAACAGGGGCCAAGCUGGGGGCCCUGGGUGGCCCUGACUGCCCAACAGGGGCCAAGCUGGGGGCCCUGGGUGGCCCUGACUGCUCUGCAGCGGCCCUCCAUAAGCCCUUGGCAUGUAAGAACUCACACAUUCCUCCUGUGAACGGCCAGCACAGCAAACUGGGCCCCUCCCUGAUGGGCUGUAACCACCCCUGCAAUGGUCACAGUGGGGGGGCGCUGCCCUCUUCCAACGUGGGACACCUGACCGCUGGGCAACACCUGACCGCUGGGCAACACCUGACCGCUGGGCAACACCUGACCGCUGGGCAACACCUGACCGCUGGGCAACACCUGACCGCUGGGCAACACCUGACCGCUGGGCAACACCUGACCGCUGGGCAACACCUGACCGCUGGGCAACACCUGACCGCUGGGCAACACCUGACCGCUGGGCAACACCUGACCGCUGGGCAACACCUGACCGCUGGGCAACACCUGACCGCUGGGCAACACCUGACCGCUGGGCAACACCUGACCGCUGGGCAACACCUGACCGCUGGGCAACACCUGACUGCUGGGCAACACCUGACUGCUGGGCAACACCUGACCGCUGGGCAACACCUGACCGCUGGCGCCUGCAGGGACCAGGCGUGUAAAGGACAUAAGCUGUCUAACGGGGCGGGGGGGUUGUGUCACCCCCCUUCGGAGCUGGAGGAGGGAGAGGACGAGGACUCUAGUUCUGAGAGGAGCUCCUGUGCUUCCUCCUCAAACAACCAGAAGGAUGGGAAGUACUGUGACUGCUGCUACUGUGAGUUCUUCGGACACAACGCGCCCCCGGCGGCUCCGACCAGCCGUAACUACACAGAGAUCCGAGAGAAGCUCCGGUCUCGUCUGACGCGUCGUAAGGAGGAGUGUCUUCCCCAGAGACGGGACUCUGACCCGGCCGUGUCCACCUCCAUCGACCACCGAGACGUGGACGAGCUGCUGGACUUCAUCAACUCCUCAGAGCACAAACCAGCCAACAGCGCUAAGGCUGCCAAGCGGGCACGCCAUAAACAGAAGAAGAAGGAGAAGCAGACCCAGGCGGGUAGUGGUGAUGGUGAGGGAGCUGGUAGCGACCCCCCCUCCACCCCUCCAGAGCCCAGUGAGGACCCAGACCACCUCAGCCUGGAGGAGGAGGAGGAGGAGGAGGAUGGGGAGUACGGUGAGGGCCCGGAGGCUAGUCGGCUGCUGGAGUGGCCCCAGCUGGAACUAGAGAGGGUCAACUCCUUCCUGACCUCUCGGCUAGAGGAGAUCAAAAACACCAUCAAGGACUCUAUCCGGGCCUCGUUCUCCAUGUACGAUCUCAACCUGGAUGUGAAUGACUUCCCCAAAAAAGCUGCUACUCUGGAGGGCAACCAUCUUCUCUCCCACCUCAACGGCUCCUCCUGCUCUGACCUGCAGCAGAUAGACCUCGAUCUGGCCCCUCUCUCCCUGGGUACCUUCAAGAGCCAUCUGGACCUGGUCAGCGGCUGGGAGGAGGCCCACCCCAGGGACAACUCCCCCAUCGGCCCCAUCUCACCCCCGGCUAGUAAUACUGUACCUGGGGUAGGGGGACCAGGGGUUGGUACUGGGGCGAAGGAUGUUCACAGGCUCCACACCACCCCCAGCCUCUCCAAGCUGAUCCGGGUGCGCUCCCCAGAGAGGUGCCCCUCUGCGAGGCCUGAGAAUAAACACCAGGCCCCUGCUUCGAUCCAGACCCAGGCCUCUAUUAAGGUAGCUAAGCCUAAAGAGGAGAUCCCAGUGGAGCCCAAGAACAUGACAACCCCUACCCCUGGGGUUAAUGUUGGGGCUGGUAAGAACAUGACAACCCCUACCCCUGGGGUUAAUGUUGGGGCUGGUAAGAACAUGACAACCCCUACCCCUGGGGUUAAUGUUGGGGCUGGUAAGAACAUGACAACCCCUACACCUGGGGUUAAUGCUGGGGCUGGUAAGAACAUGACAACCCCUACACCUGGGGUUAAUGUUGGGGCUGGUAAGAACAUUACUACCCCUGGGUCUGGGGUUAAUGCUGGGGCUGGUAAGAACAUGACAACCCAUACCCCUGGGGUUAAUGUUGGGGCUGGUAAGAACAUGACAACCCAUACCCCUGGGGUUAAUGUUGGGGCUGGUAAGAACAUUACUACCCCUGGGUCUGGGGUUAAUGCUGGGGCUGGUAAGAACAUUACUACCCCUGGGUCUGGGGUUAGUGCUGGGGCUGGUAAGCUGAAGAAGGGCAAGAAGCAGCAACGUCAGGACCAGCUGCCUCCAGAACAGAACCAGAUCAGACCCGGAUCCAAAGCAGCUGCAGAGUUGCAGAAAACUGUUUCCAACAGUUCUGAUGCUGUGGGUUCUAAGGCUGGUUCUGGUUCCAAACCACCACCUCACUCAGCUGAGAGUCAGAGAACCGGGGCAAGGAGGGCAGAGGAGACCAGACCCACCCGUCAGCAGGCCACCAACGGGACAGUGAGUAGCUCUGGUGCUCCCAGCACCCAAAGAGGGAAGGGGGAGGAGCAAGAGGCCAAAGGUCACUCUGUCACCUCAACCAAUCACAACCAAGCCCAGCAGCAGCAGCAACCCAAGGGGAAGAAUAAGAAGAACAAGAACAAGGGAGAGAAAACCAGCCGCAACAUCGACGAUGUGUUUCUCCCGAAAGACGUGGACCCAAAAGAAAUGGAUGAGAUUGAUCGUGAGGUGGAAUACUUCAAAAGGUUUUGCCUUGACUCUGCUAAACAGACCCGUCAGAAGGUUGCAGUAAACUGGUCCAACUUUACCCUCAAAAAGGUUCCUUCCAACGCAGCCCAGUAACUGACGGGUUCUAGAAUGCAGAACCCCCCCCCCAACACAACUAUGUCCAUACAACCGCGACGGCCUGAGGCCUUCUCUCAUUCCCACUCUUCGUCCUCCUCCUCUUUUUCCUCACCAAGCCAAGGGACCCUGGUGCAACACCAUUUUCCAUUCAGGACUGCGAUACUGCGUUGCUAUUGGCUGACAGCCAGGGAUCAUUCACACACAAGGGCGACUGAGACUAGACUUUGCUGUUUUGCAACGAGGGAGAAGAGAUCCAGGUUGAAACAGGGAGAACUGACAACCUUCUGUUUAUCAGAUCUGUGUACUUCACUAUGUAGUAUGGAAAACAGUUACCUUAUACAAUAAAAAAUGUGUUUUUAUUGCAA